GACAUGAAGAGGACGUGCGCGGAUUGAGGCUCGCGCACGCGCACGCCGGCGAUACAAAGCGGCGUUCUGGUGGGGACGAGCUGCUGGAGCGCGCUCCCGCGGAAUUUGGAUAACUCUCUCUCCAAGGUGAGCUCCUCCCGUGCGCCUUUUUACCUGUGCAGGAAAGAGAUUAAGACCUGGCGCCAUGCGGCCUCACUUCCUGCUCCUCUUCCUCUCAUCUGGUCUGGUGUUAUCUUCUGAAUGCCCGACCGACUGUGCUUGCCGGGACCAGGACUCCGUAUUCUGCUUCCAUCGGCGCUCCAGCAUUGUUCCCCGUGUUCCUGCCACCACCCGAGAACUGUUCAUCUUCCAGAACAGCAUCAAUACUUUGACCCAAGAUGACUUCAAAGACCUGGCGCAGUUGGAGUUGCUGGAUCUGAGCCAGAAUGAGCUGGCAGAGGUUCCAGAUGGUGUGUUUGAGAUGCUGUCAAAGCUGAAGAACUUAGACCUGUCCUUCAACCACAUCGCACACAUUUCCAAAAACAGUUUUUCCGGGUUGGUCCAGCUGGAGAGACUAUAUCUCCAUGCCAACCGCAUUCAAAGCAUCCACUCAGAAGCUUUUGAAGGUUUUGAGAUGCUACUGGAACUUAAGCUGCAAGGAAACCAGCUCUCCUCUCUGCCAUCCCUUCAUCUCCCAAGACUUCUUCUUUUGGACCUCAGUUACAACAACAUCCCAACGCUGGGGGCCUCAGACCUUCAGACUCCCCACCUGGAGGCCCUAAAGGUAGCCUCUCUGGGGCUCACUACUGUGAAUGAAGAUCUCAUAGCUUCUCUGGUAAACCUCCAUGAGCUCGACAUCUCCAAUAACCAGUUAAGUGAGCUUCCCCAGGCCCUGAAGCAGGACUCACUCAAGGGGCUGACCAAGCUCAGCCUGGCUACCAACCCAUUGAGCGAGCUCAGGGUGGAGGACUUCCAAAAACUGAGUGGGCUUCAUGAACUGGAUCUCAGUGGACUUAAUCUCCAGGGAUUUUCCCAGAGUUUCUUCCAGGCCUUCCCAAGGUUGAUGCACCUGACUGCAGCUGAGAACCCAUUUAACUGCCUGUGUCCACUGGCCUGGUUCCCUGCUUGGCUAAAGGAUAAAAACGUGGAUCUUGGGAGGCCCGAGGAAACCAGAUGUCACUUCCCUCUGGUUAAUGCAGGGAAAAUGCUUUCAGCGCUGGAGCACAAAGAAUUUGGGUGUCCGCCUACCAGGACGGUGCUGACUGGCGUCCCCAUUGGCAGUACUCUGGCUCCCCAGAUACCAGCCACCUCUCCGGGGAGCAUCCACACCAACGCUAUUCCUCCUCCUCCUCCACCCAGUGAGUCCACCGCCCCCUCAAACACCAACGGAACCCUUUCACCAGAACCUCCAGUCUCCCAGAGCUCCAUCAGCGGUGAGCAGAUCUGCCCACCGAACAUCUGCCUCAAUGGGGGCACUUGUCGUUUUGAUCCGUCUGCUCAGCUCAGUUGCCUCUGUCCGUUGGGAACCUCUGGCCUCUACUGUGAAAAUGUGGACCAGGCUCCUGAGACCCCGAAGCCUUCAGCAGCAAAAGUUCUGCAGUCUGCCGGCGCAAUGCCAGCUGAGCUCGAUGCCAUCAGUUCACGGCAGGUCACCUCCACUUCCAUCCUGCUCGACCUGCACCGCUUCAUUGAGACGCGGCCGAAUAUCCGCGGCAUCCGGUUGACCUACCGCAACCUCUCUGGGCCGGACCGCCGGCCCAUCAUCCUGAGUGUACCGGCAUCCUACCCGGAGUACACUUUGCGUGGGUUGAGACCCAACUGCACCUACUCGGUGUGUGCCAGCCCCCUGAGGGAGCGGGUCGCCCCGAGGGCCAACAGCACCGCAGAGACGGGCUCUUGCACUGAGGCUCGCACCGAAGGGCUCCCGCUCUCGUCCUCGGAGCCCCGGGUGGAGACGCAGAGCCCGCUGACCUACGCCCUGGUCCUCGCCUUGGCGGCGCUGGCGCUGGUUAUGGGCCUGGCUGUGGUGGCCGGGGCCAUCGUCUGCGUCCGAAAGAGAAGGCAGUCCGGGGCGGAAUUGGAGCUGGAGCUGGGCCCGACGGAUCCCGACCCCGUGAAGCAGGAGGGGACGAAGGCCUGCCUGGAGAACGGGGGGAAUGAGACGCCGGACCACAAACAGCUGGAGGUCGACCACGGUCACACUCCUCAGCCGCCCCCAGCAUCACAACGAAAUGGGGGUUUGGACUAUGAAUUACCCUUGAUGCAAGGACAAUGCUCAUCAAAUAACAAUCUAGCAUCUUCAAAGCCAUCUUGUUUUUAAGAGGCAAUAAACUGCAAAACCAUUUUAAAGACGUUGAAGGCAGACAUCAGAAAUCCUGCUUUGUUGGUUAAAAUGAAAAUGUUCCUCCUAAUAUUAGAUAUCCACAUUGGAAAAGACGCUUCAGACUGGAUCUUCUUUUUUAGAGACACUAAGUGAUGAAUUUAAUAUUACACUACAUCUUAAAUGUGCUAAACCAGGGUGGAUUAAGUCCUCCAGGGUCUACGGUUGCCGUUGUUGUGUUUGUGUAAUAGAAACUUUGGGAAUAAGAUGAAAUCAUUUUUGCUGGAUUAGGGAGGUACUUUCUGGAGGGAAAGGGCACAUCGGUGUUUGAAGAGAACAUGAAGAGAAAGACUGACGAAGUUUGCAUGAAGAAAUGUGAGACACUUCGAGACCAUCGAGUGUCAGACGGUUUAUUUUCUCCACCAGGAGGAACCACAGGGUCUUUAUUCCAAGCCCCAAACUGUGUUCAAAGGAGCGUUUUCUUUAGGUUUAGGAGAUCGGCUCUAGGCCGUCGCUCCUCUCUUUGGUCUCCACGGAUCACUGGUGUGCGUUUAGCUUGUUUACUCUCUGCUCGGUGCAGAGUUUGGAUUUAUUUUUUUGUCUCGUUUUUAACUUUUACUUUUGCAAAGUUCCUUAUCAGCAUCUGAGCGGAACCGUAAUAACCUCUUGUUGUGGCUCUGAAGUGGACUUCCACAACAUCUGGCCUCACAGAGGAACCGAUGUGCCUCCACUCAGCAGUUAGAGCACGUGCUUCAUGUUGCUUCAGGAGUCCGUCUGCACUAGAACUCUACUGGCUUCGUUCUGUCAGAGCUCCACUAUGAACAUGCUCGAUACCUGGACCAGAGGCAGGAAGUGUUUGAGAUAUCUGCAGAGAGCGCAUCACCCUACCCUGAUCAUUUAGGGGAGGCUUUGUUCUGUUGUUUUGUGUUUCUUUGUUUGCAUCAAUUACAACUUUGUGUGUUUGUCCAUGAGCGGUUCUGAGAAAAGACCAGUAUUAAAAAGGGAAACCUGCCUUGGAUCUCUGCUCUUUU